AUGGCCAAAGGAAAGAAGUCCGCUGAUGCGAAGGGCAGCCAAAAGCGCCAGAAGAAGGUCCUCCGCGAU